ACUCUUUCUGAUUGGACCAAAUGGAGGACCUGACCGCUCAACGGAACUGGACAGAGGAGGAGCGCCUGGAACUGGCGGCUCGGCUGGACGCCGAGCUAGACGCAUUCAUUGAUGGCUUGGAGAAGAAGCGCUACGAGGAGGGCUGGCCGGAGGACCGCUGGCAAGAGGAGAUGGACAAGCAUCCGUUCUUCAUGAAGCGUGCUCCUCAGCCUGGCGACGAUGUACAUCCUAUGUUCGAGGGACUGCAGAAGCUCAAGUACGAUCCGGAGGAGAAUACGCGCGACGAGCUGGCGCUAAACUACAAAGAGGACGGCAACUUCUACAUGAAGCACAAGAAAUUCCGCAUGGCAAUCUACAGCUUCACCGAGGGCAUCAAAUCCAAGUCGGAGAACCCGGACGUGCUGGCCGUACUCUACAACAAUCGCUCGGCCGCCCACUUCUUCAUCAAGAACUACAGAUCCUCACUGAGUGACGCUCAGCGUGCCCUGUUCUUCAAGCCAGACUACACGAAGGCACGCUGGAGGUCCGCGCAGUGCGCGUACGAGCUGGAGAGGUUCGACGUCUGCACCCAGAUGUGCGAGGAGUUGCUCGAGGUGGACGUAGACCACAAGGAGGCCAAUGCCCUGCUGCACAAGAACAAGAUGAAGAAGCUAGAGAUAGAUCGCAAUCAGCGCAAGGAGGCUGCCGAGGCAAAGCGUCGCCUCACCCGCUUCCACAGGCUGCGCGAUGCCAUCGAGCAGCGGGCCAUCAAGUUUGACGAUCAACGGGUCGGCCAGAAAGCAGCCUUUAGAGAGGACCUACUCCGUCCUAAGUUUCUUCCUCUGGAAGAUCACCCAGUUCACCUGGACGAGGACGGCAUUACGCUGAUCUGGCCCGCCGCCUUCUCCUAUCCGGAAUUCCUGUUCAGCGACUUCCAACAGAAGCUGCCGGAAACUGCCACCAUGCAGGAUUGCCUGGCCACGCUGUUUGCCGAACCGCUGCCCUGCGAUAAGACGCAGAGCUACCGCCAAGGCAACGUGCACGUGUACUAUGAGAACCGCAAGGUGGGCUGCGUCCACAAGGUGGCCGUUGAAAAGCAGCUCGCCGAGAUCAUCGCUGAGAAGAGUUUCUUUGUUUCGGGCGGAGCGUUGCUGUUCUAUGUGGUGCCCAAAGAUUCCCGAGUGGAACAGGAGUUCAUACACCAACAGCGACGACCCAUGGUUUAUAGUUGAGGCAGUGUGGAAAUAAAACGGAUCGUUUUUAGAAAACAAA